AUGAAUGUUUUAGUGUAUAAUGGACCUGGUACCACACCAGGUUCUGUUAGACAUGCUGUUGAUACUCUCCGUUAUCUGUUAGAACCGCAUUACGCAGUUAGUACUGUUUCCUCGAAAGUUUUAUUGCAAGAGCCAUGGCAAACGAAAACAUCAGCUUUGGUCUUUCCAGGUGGGGCAGACCUACCGUAUGUUAAAGAAUGUAGAACUGUUAUUCCAGCAAUCAAAGAUUUCGUCUCCAAGAAAGGUGGGAAAUAUAUUGGAUUUUGUGCAGGUGGUUACUUUGGUUCAAGUAGAGUAGAAUUUUGUCAAGGUGAUCCCUUGAUGGAAGUCACUGGAAAUAGAGAUUUGAAAUUAUUUCCAGGUACUGCAAGGGGACCAGCAUUUGACGGGUUUAAAUAUAAGAGUGACGUAGGUGCAAGGGCCUCAAAAUUAUUAGUCAAUAAUGGUGCUGAAUUCAGUUGUUACUAUAAUGGUGGUUCUGUAUUUGUUGAUGCAGACUCAUACAGUAACGUUGAAGUGUUAGCUCACUAUGUCAAUGCUAUUGAUGUGCCAUUUUCAGAUGUCAAUAAAGAUAAUACUAAACCUGCAGCCGUGGUUUUGUGUUCUGUAGGGAAAGGUAAAGCACUUUUGACAGGUCCUCAUCCAGAAUUUAUUCCAAGGCUAUUAGAAAAGGGAGAAGAAGAUAACGAUUUCCCUGCUCAUUUGCUAGAUACAUUGAAAAAGGAUGAUUCUAAAAGAAUAGAAUUUAUGCAUUAUAUUUUAACAAAACUGGGUUUAAAAACAAGAUCGAAUUAUGCGUCUUAUCACGUUCCAUCAUUAACACCACUUUUGAUGGUCAAUAGUCCAUAUAAUAAUACUGCACAAUCUGACAAUUUUGAAGAUAGGAUAGUCAAAAAUGUUGAUGAUGUCAUUGUUAAUGGUAAUCAUUUGGAAUUUUCAACUGAAACAGAUUCAUUUGAAUUAUUUAAAGGUAUAAGUGAUUCAUUUGAUGAUGCUUCUUCACAUCUUAAUAAGAAUGAUCCCGAAAAAUCUUUAAAGACAAUUGUUAUACCAAAUGAGGAUGAAUUUUCAUUAUUAAAUAAUAUUGCGCCAGGUUUCAAUUUUCAAAAAUAUUUUAUGACCCUUAAAGAAAAUAAUACCAUAGGUUCUAUUUUAAUGUAUGGUGAAGUGGUUACUUCAACUAGUACAUUACUAAAUAUCAACAGAACUCUUUUGAAUUCACUUCCAGAGAACCGCAUUCUUCAUGUUGGGGAUGUUCAAUUAGCCGGUAGAGGUAGAGGUGGUAAUUCUUGGGUUAAUCCAAAGGGGGUAUGUGCUUCAACUGCAGUUAUAUCCAUGCCACUUAUUUCUCCUGUGACCCAUCAAAAUAUAUCGAUAUCUUUCGUUCAAUAUUUAGCUAUGUUGGCAUAUUGUAAAGCUAUUACCAGCCACGGACCAGGAUUUGAAGAUUUACCCGUUAGGAUCAAAUGGCCUAAUGAUUUAUAUAUCAUGAAUCCGGAUUAUUAUUACUCAAAAAAGCUUCAAUUAUUCGGUAAUAAAUUUGAUCAUAGUUUGGUUCCAUUGACCGAUAUAGAACCAGCUUAUGUUAAAGUAGCUGGUUUAUUGGUUAAUACCCAUAUUUUUGGUGAUAAAUACACGCUCCUUUUGGGGUGUGGAUUGAAUAUUAGUAGUACUGGACCAACGACAUCAAUAGAUAGAUGGAUUGAUAUUAUUAAUGAGGAGAGAAACAAACAGAACUUUUCUGCGUUACCUCAUAUAGAAAAAGAGAAGUUGUUGGCCGAUUACAUGAAUAAUUUGGAAGAUAUUAUGAAGACCUUUGUCAAUCGCGGUAUAAAUUAUAUACUUCCAGAAUAUUAUAGAUACUGGUUGCAUUCAGAUCAAAUUGUCACAUUAUCAGAUCAUGGAAAUUCAAGAGCAAUGAUAACGGGAAUUACUGAGGAUUAUGGUUUAUUAAUUGCGAAGGAACUUGCACCAGGUAGUGAUUACAGUUUCACCGGUUCUGUAUUCCAUUUACAACCAGAUGGUAACACCUUCGAUAUCUUUAAAGGCCUGAUUGCCAAAAAAGCUUAA